GGACCGCUGUCGCUCUCUUCUUCAUGGUCCUGGGUGGUGGAUCCCUAUUCCAACUGCUUGUCGGCACAUGGUGUGCAGAUGUAUCCGCUUGCUCAGCAUGCUCCAGAAUCGUGCGAAGGAGAGAUCCAGCUUAGUGAGGGUAUCGGCAGUGUUUUGGCUGGGAGCUUUAGCACACGUGGUGUCCGCCAUUACAAGAUAGUUCCGGAGUUUAGGAUGCUUGAUGUUGCCACUGCAUCUGCUUGCAAGGUAUUCGACUGGGUCUCUGGGGUAAGGAUCGGGAUCACCCCUGCCGAUCCAAAGGGGACGGGACGGGACAGCAGCCGUACCGCCCGCCAGCCGCACUAG